AUGUAUUACGAAGAAACACAAAUGGAGGAUGCUUUUAUUAACAAUUAUUCUAUACAGAUAAAUAUAUUCAUAAUUCGUUAUGAAGAAAUUACGCUAAAUAAUUCGCAAAAUUGGAUUUGGUUUAUUGAAGAUGCUGAAAAUUUACGAAAAUUUCAGUUAAAUUUGAUAAAUGGCGAUCUUUACGAAUACAUUGCAAGUGAUGAAACAAAAAACUGGACUCGCUCGGAUACUAUUUGGUUUUAUCCAUUGCAAAAAGAAGUCAUUUAUACAUCAAAUGACAAAAAAUUGGUUACCAUUGCACGUCCAUCAUCAAAUUUUCUGAUGGAUUCGAGAAAAAAAGCUGAAAAAUCAUUUUUCGAAACGAUGGAACGAUUUAGAAGCGAAUAUAAAACUUCAGCCUCUAAUGCAAUGAAUAAAAGAGAAAAAUCCAUAACGCCUAAAUCAUCAGAAAAACCUCCAAAUAUCGCAAAAAAACGAUUAAUGGGAAUGCAACGCGAAAGUAUGAUUGAUGACAAUUUUUUACCUGAUCAUUGUACAGUACAUGCUAAUGCAAAUACAAAUGAACAAAGUAAUUUCCUUAGUCCAGUGGUUCUAAACCAAAAUUUUCUAUCCAAUCAACAUGGAACUUCGGCCGAAACAAGUAGUUCCACUAGAAAUUACCAAGCACAAUAUCUCGCGGCGUGCCAAAGAACUGAACAAAUCUUCGAAGCUGAAUCUACCGACAUUUCGACGCUUAAUGAAUUUUUCUAUCUUAAAAGCGAUCAUUUAAUCUAA